AUGUCGCAAUCCAGAUACGACUACGACGAGAACUCAGAAACCUGGCCGUACUUCGUGCUCACAGGGGUUCUCUUACCUCUGUUGCCGACAACCUGGUCACUGGUGAGUGAAAACCUGAGUUCGGGCUCCAAAUCGUCGGAUGAGCUUCGUUCUGUUUCGUGGUUCAAACCUUAUAACCAGGUGGCACAGAACCAAUACCGGUCGAAAAAACGUGCAAGAAACACGCUUUCGCGCAAAUUUGUUCUCGUUCUGGUUGGAUGGGUUCUUGUUGCCGCAAUUAUUUACCAAAUAAUGACGACCGAGCUGGUUGUUGGCGAAACAAGCUUUGAUCCAUGGAAAAUUCUCCAGAUCGACGAAUCCGCUUCUGAAAAGGUCAUCAAGUCGGCUUACAGAAAGCUGUCGCUGAAAUUCCACCCGGACAAGGUGGAUACAUCCAAAAUGAGCCAGCAGGAGAUGGAUGCUGUUGAUACCGCGUACGUGCUGAUCAACAAGGCCUACAAGGCUCUAACCGACGAGUCGGUUCGUGAAAACUUCUUGAAAUACGGCAACCCAGACGGACCAGGCGAAGUGAAACACGGAAUUGCAUUGCCUAAGUUCCUGAUUGAAGGAAAGACUUCGCCUGUUCUUGUUGUGCUGUAUGUUCUUCUCAUUGCAAUCAUUUUACCUACGGUUGUUGGCUCUUGGUGGAACGGUGUCAGAUCUUACACCAAGCAGGGACUGCAUGUCGAUACGGCCGCUCACUUCUUGGACGUGUUGAUUAACUACAACCCUGCAACUAUCUGUCAGAUCGAGACGGUGCUGAAAUAUAUCAGUUCGGCUACAGAGUUCCAAUUAAUAGACAAGUCGCUUACCCCGGAGAAAGUUGAGUCUUUGCUUAUUUCUCAUCUUGAAAGAACUCAUCUGAAUGGAAAGGAUGAAGGACUUAAGCAGGAGAUUGUUGCCAUCGCUCCGAAAUUGAUUAUUGGCUUCAUCGACAUCGCAUCCAGUUUCAGAAACACCGAUUUGUGUUUGAAGCUUGUUGAAACACACAGAUGUAUUAUUCAGGCAUUGAAUAUUGAGAAAGACCCAUUGUCGUACAAGUACAGACAGAUUUUGCAGUUGCCAGGCGUGGACCUGGACAAGUUGGACACCACCCAACCAAUCUACUCUUUGGGUAAGUUACUGAAAAAGCCAACCGUCAAGCCCGAGGAGUUCUUGAACGCAGAUAAGACAGAUAACAUUUUGAAAAUUGCUUCAGAAAUCCCAUUGAUCGAGCCGUUGGAUUGCAAGUUUAAAGUCACCGGUGAGACGUUUGUUCCACCAAACGCCAAUGUCCAUAUUAGUCUCAAAUUUUUGGUGAAGUCACCUGCUCAAAAGUCAAAGCCAGAGACGUCUAAAUUGUCUAAGGAGGUUCAGACCACACAACUCAACGAGAAGGAGACGAUGGAGACAUUGAGAAACCCAUUGAAGAUUGUUGAGGAUCAACCGAAGAUUAAACUGAGCACCGCUCCGGCUUAUUUCCCCGACCCUGACUACCUGAAGGAAAAUAACGGAUGGAUUGCCUUUUUGAUCGUUCAAAAGGAUGGAAAGCUGGGAGAGAACCCUCAAUUUGUUACGAAAGUUGACCUUGCUAACUUGAAGCUCACACAGGAGGAGUUCUUGGAGUCCAAGGCCGUCGUUUCGACUUUCAAGUUCCCACUAACUGCUCCAACUCCUCAGGAGGAAGGACAGUUCCAGUUCCGUCUUAUUUUGAGACACCUGGUUUAUUUCGGUUCUGACCUGGAUAUUCCAUUGGUGAUGGAGGUUGAGAACAAACCAAUCGAGGCUGCAGAGAAGGAUUUGUACGAGAUCGAAGAUCCCGACGAAGACUCCCUAGCAGGCGCUUUAGCACAGAUGCGUGGAGAAUCGGUUCGCAAGAUCGAAGCUGAGUACAGCAGCUCGGACGACGAGUCCGAAGAAGAAGAAGAAGAAGAGGAGAUUGAUUGGACAGAUAUAGACACCGACACUGAUGUGGAGGAAGAGGAGAAGAAGAAGGAAAAAUAG